GACAGCUUUAGUCAGAUUGUUCCGGGAUUUUCAAAAUUUUUAUUUGACGUCAUGAACGACUUGGCUGAGAGAGGGUCUUCGAAAAGUAAAUGGCAAAUAGAGCAACGAUCAGGACGACCGUAUCGACCUUUACCCCAACCAACGGAGAAUGAAAGAAUAAAAAAGUUUACAAAGUACAGAGAAGACUUUAGUUUGUUAUUAUCUGAAGCAAGACCCGACCCAUCUGAACUAGCAACUGCUCAUAAAGAAAUAGAUCAACUUAAAACAACUCUGUCCAAGUUUAUUGAAGCAAAAUCAGCAAUAAGAGUCACCAAUAUGAUAGUGGCAGGAUCCCUUGGUACGAACACAUUAUGCAGCAACAGAUGGGACGUUGACUUUGUUCUUAUGACACCAGACCUGCCAUACAAUGGUCAUAUAAUGUGGAUGCCCUCAUUUGUAGUUGCUUUGUGUAGAAUGUUGGUGGAUGGGGCAGAAGAAGGAAAACUGGAAGGUUGUACCGAUUUUGUUUACAGCUCGUAUGCCGUACAGUUCAUAUUCAAAGGCAAAAUCGAGGUUGAUUUAAUGACAAGUUACGAUUGGCAACAAACUGGUGAUAAUGGAUUCGAUUCGUUGUAUGAUGAGUUGCUACGACAACGAACAUCCGAGAAUCUUACCUGGUUUUGCCCGGCAGCUGCUGAACGACAAAUAAUGUUUAUCGAAGAACAACCUGAUCAGGUAAAAGACUUGAUCAAGGUUGUGAAAUAUUGGCGCAAUGCUGCAGAUUGGAAUGAGAAAAGAUGGCGACCAUCAUCGUAUCUCUUAUCUUUGCUGCUUAUACGAGCAUAUGAGAACGCUUGUCAUAUUAUUGAGGGAAGUUUACCAAGUAACAGGACGGUGCUAAAGUGUUUUGUUAAACUGGUGCUUUCAACUGCAAACAGCAAGCCAGCUCCUGUCCGUAUCUCCUGGAGCAGAUUCUACGAACCCAAGGAUUACAAUAUUGAAUACAGCAGCUCAGGAAACACUGAGUGCCCGCCCAUCAUACAGGACCCUGCCAACCCUGCAAAUAAUGUGGCAGAACGUCCUGUAUCGUGGCAUCCAUUUCGUCAAAUGUUGGAAGUUUGGGCUCAUGAUCUUGGGAUGAUGGAAGAGGGGACUUUGCUGCCGAUAACAACUGGAAGAAGAUGAAAUAUUUUUUAUGAAAAAACUUGUUUUGUUUUAGUUGUGAAAAAUACAACUUUUUGUUGUUUUCUUUGCGAUUUUUUUCUUAACACAUUGGAUGUAGUGCUUUUUUGAUUAUCUGUACAUGGUUUAAUUAGAAUUAUACAUUCUAUACGGAUGAGGAUCUAAUACAGUAUAACACGCUAGGCAUCCUAUAUGCUGU